GCUGCCCCAUUCAACUUUAAUUGGCAUCAAAUCGGCAACAUGACCAAACCGACGGCAGCCAAUUCGCAUUGGCUGGCCGCUUUGCUGUUGACGGUGGUGCUGCUGAUCCACACAACCACAGCGGACGAGGCGUUUUCAUGUCCAAAUGGCUGGGAACUGCGCGGCUUAAAUUGUUAUAAAUAUUUUAAUAUCAAGCAUUCGUGGGAGAAAAGCGCCGAGCUGUGUCGAAGAUAUGGCGCCGAGCUGGUGGCCAUCGAUAGUUAUGCGGAGAACAAUGAAACUCUGGCGAUAGCACACGCCAGUGAUCCCAAUCAGCGUGCUUCGGACAAGUACUGGCUGGGAUUGGCAUCGUUGGAUGAUCUACGCACGAAUACCCUAGAGUCGGCAUCGGGUGCAUUGAUCUCACAGUAUUCGGGAUUCUGGUCUCUGCAGCAGCCGAAUGCCGAGUCUGGUGAAUGUGUGGCAGCGAGUUUUGCUGGCAAGGCACAAAGCUGGGAUCUGGGCACCUGUGAGUCGCUGUUGCCAUUCAUGUGUCGUGCCCCCGCCUGUCCCCAGGGUGCGUUGCACUGUGCCAACGGAAUGUGCAUCAAUCAGGCCUUCAAGUGCGACGGCAGCGAUGAUUGCGGCGAUGGCACCGAUGAGCUAGAUUGCCCGGCCCAGUGUCAUUAUCACAUGCAAUCCGGUGGCGAUGUCAUUGAGACGCCCAACUAUCCCCACAAGUAUAGUGCGCUGAGCAAGUGCAAAUGGACGCUGGAGGGUCCUUUGGGCAGCAACAUCAUCUUACAGUUUCAGGACUUUGAGACGGAGAAAACUUUUGAUACAGUACAGGUUCUGGUUGGCGGACGCACCGAGGAUAAGUCUGUGUCGCUGGCCACGCUCAGUGGCAAACAAGAUCUGACCACACAACCAUUUGUAUCCGCAUCAAACUUCAUGAUUGUCAAAUUCACCACCGAUGGUAGUGUAGAACGUAAAGGUUUCAGGGCCACGUGGAAGACAGAGGCCAAGAACUGUGGUGGCACCUUGAAGGCAACUUUGCAACGUCAGAUUCUGACCAGUCCCAACUAUCCCAAGCAAUAUCCUGGCGGUCUGGAAUGCCUAUAUGUGAUCAAGGCGCAGCCAGGUCGCAUCAUCUCUAUUGAAGUUGAUGACCUGGACAUAGCCAAGGACCGUGAUUAUCUGCUCAUACGCGAUGGCGAAUCGCCCAUGAGUCGCACCAUUGCCAAACUGACGGGAAAGACUACGCAAAACGAGCGCGUGAUCAUCUCCACCGGCCAUGCUCUCUAUCUUUACUUCAAGUCUAGCCUGGGAGAGGCGGGCAAGGGUUUCAGUCUGCGAUAUAUUCAAGGUUGCAAGGCUACGAUUACGGCUCGUAACGGCACCGUUACAUCACCCGCCUUCGGUCUAGCCGAUUAUCCAAAGAACCAGGAAUGCUUCUUUACCAUCAGGAAUGGAGCACGUGCUCCACUCUCGCUGAAGUUCGACAAGUUCACUGUUCAUAAGAGCGAUAAUGUACAGGUCUUUGACGGUUCCUCCACCUCCGGUCUGCGUCUGCACUCUGGCAAUGGUUUCACGGGAACCGCAGCACCAAAACUAACCCUGACUGCCUCAUCCGGCGAGAUGUUGAUUAAGUUCACCUCGGAUGCUUUGCACAAUGCUGCGGGUUGGUCGGCUACCUUCUCAGCGGACUGUCCUGAGCUACAACCUGGCAUCGGGGCCUUGGCCUCCAGUCGCGACACGGCCUUUGGCACGCUGGUCAGCUUUACCUGUCCCAUUGGACAGGAGUUUGCCACCGGCAAGGCGCGUCUGGUUACGGAAUGUUUGCCUGGUGGCAACUGGAGUGUCUCCUACAUACCAAAGUGUCAGGAGGUCUACUGCGGUCCUGUGCCACAAAUUGACAACGGCUUCUCCAUUGGCUCCUCGAAUGUCACCUAUCGCGGCAUUGCCAUGUACCAGUGUUAUGCUGGCUUUGCUUUUGCCUCCAACGAGCCCAUCGAGAAGAUUUCCUGCCUGCCCGACGGACGCUGGGAGCGUCAACCCCAUUGCAUGGCCUCACAAUGUGCCGCCCUCCCGGAAGUUCCCCAUGCCAAUAUGACACUGCUUAACGGAGGAGGACGCAGCUAUGGCACAAUUGUCCAGUACGAAUGCGAACCAGGCUAUGAGCGCAACGGACAUCCCGUACUCACCUGCAUGUCGAAUGGUACCUGGAGCGGCGAUGUGCCACGUUGCACCCGAAAGCGUUGCUACGAGUUCCCCGAUAUUGAAAAUGGAUUCGUUGUGGAUGCUGCCCGUGCCUAUCACUUUGGAGAUGAGGCCAGGGUGCAGUGCUUCAAGGGCUACAAGCUGAUUGGCAGCAACAUUAUGCGCUGCAGUGAGGCUCAGCGAUUCGAGCAGCCUCCCACUUGCGAGGACAUCAACGAAUGCAGUUCCUCGCAGUGCGACCUCACGACAACAGAGUGCAUCAAUACCAACGGUUCCUUCCAUUGCCAGUGCCGUUCUGGUUUCACGGCCACCACUGAGUGCAGACCCGUUGCGGAUCUGGGACUCGGUAAUGGCGGUAUUCCGGAUGAUAGCAUCAGGACAUCUCCCAGUGAGCCCGGCUACAUCAAGAGUCUGUUGCGUCUCAAUACGAUUGGCUGGUGUGGUGCCUCAUCGGAGCCAGGUGCCAACUGGAUAUUGAUUGAUCUGAAGGCACCCACUAUUCUACGCGGUUUCCGCACCAUGUCUGUUCAACGUCCAGAUGGCAACGUUGCCUUCAGCUCCGCUGUGCGUCUUCAAUAUACGAAUGAUUUGACUGAUGUGUUCAAGGAUUAUGCCAAUCCUGAUGGUACGGCUGUGGAGUUUAGGAUACUGGAGCCAACUUUGUCCAUUCUGAAUCUACCUCUGCCCAUUGAGGCGCGCUACGUACGCUUCCGCAUCCAGGACUAUGUUGGCGCUCCUUGCUUGCGCAUGGAACUAAUGGGCUGCACCCGAUUGGACUGCGUGGACAUCAAUGAAUGCAGCAAGGACAAUGGCGGUUGUGAUCAGAAGUGCAUCAAUUCACCCGGAAGCUAUGCCUGCGCCUGUAACACGGGCUAUCAGCUCUACACCUCCAAUGGAACCGCUGGCUACCAUGUGGAACGCUCCGAGUCAGGGGAACGCGAUGGCGAUACCUAUCAGCGCAACAAGACCUGUGUGCCUCUCAUGUGCCCUGAGCUGCAGGCCCCAGAGAAUGGACAACUACUCAGUGAACGCAACGAUUAUCAUUUUGGCGAUGUGGUGCGUUUCCAGUGCCACUUUGGCUACAUCAUGAGCGGCAGCUCAGUGGCGUUGUGCCUUUCCAGCGGUCAAUGGAAUGCCAGCGUACCGGAGUGCAAUUAUGCCAAGUGCGUUUCCUUGCCCGAUGACAAGCUGGAAGGAUUGACUGUUGCACGUCCCGAUCCUGAGUCUGUACUUGUUCCAUUCCGUGAUAAUGUGACCAUUAGCUGCGGCUCCUCGGGCCGCCAACUUCGCUCCACUGCCUCAGCUGGCUUCAGGCAGUGCGUCUAUGAUCCGAAACCAGGUCUGCCCGACUAUUGGCUGUCGGGCAUGCAGCCUUCCUGCCCCCGAGUGGACUGUUAUGCUCCUAUGCCGACCCCCGGUGCCGAGUAUGGACAGUUUGUGGAUACGCGUUUCCAGAGCAGUUUCUUCUUUGGCUGCCAGAACACAUUCAAGCUUGCGGGUCAGACGCAGCGUCAUGACAAUGUGGUGCGCUGUGGUGCCGAUGGCAUUUGGGACUUUGGCGACCUGCGCUGCGAGGGACCUGUGUGUGAGGAUCCGGGUAGACCUGCCGAUGGUCGCCAGCUGGCGCGUAGCUACGAGCAAAGCUCUGAAGUUUACUUUGGAUGCAAUCGUCCCGGCUACAUUCUGAUCAACCCAAGACCUAUUACGUGCAUAAGGGAGCCGGAGUGUAAGGUCAUUAAGCCACUGGGUCUGAGCUCGGGAAGAAUUCCUGACUCGGCCAUCAAUGCAACCUCGGAGAGACCCAACUAUGAGGCCAAGAAUAUACGCCUGAACUCAGCCACCGGUUGGUGUGGCAAGCAGGAAGCCUUUACCUAUGUCAGUGUUGAUCUUGGACAGAUCUAUCGCGUUAAGGCCAUUCUGGUUAAGGGUGUGGUCACCAACGACAUUGUCGGACGUCCUACAGAGAUACGUUUCUUCUACAAGCAAGCAGAGAGUGAGAACUACGUCGUUUACUUCCCGAACUUCAAUCUGACAAUGAGAGAUCCAGGAAACUACGGAGAACUGGCAAUGAUCACGCUACCCAAGUAUGUGCAGGCUCGCUUUGUGAUUCUGGGCAUCGUCAGCUAUAUGGAUAAUGCCUGUCUUAAGUUCGAGCUGAUGGGAUGUGAGGAACCCAAGCUGGAGCCACUGUUGGGCUACGACUAUGGCUACUCCCCAUGUGUGGACAAUGAGCCACCAAUCUUCCAGAACUGCCCACAACAACCGAUUGUUGUGCGACGUGAUGAGAAUGGCGGCAUUCUGCCCGUUAACUUUACCGAGCCCACCGCUGUGGACAACUCCGGUUCGAUUGCCAGAUUGGAGAUUAAGCCCCAGAACUUCCGUACGCCAAGUCACAUCUUCAAGGAUACGGUGGUCAAGUAUGUGGCUUUCGAUUACGAUGGCAAUGUGGCCAUUUGCGAGAUCAACAUAACCGUUCCAGAUGUCACCCCACCAUUGCUGCAGUGUCCCCAGAGCUAUGUCAUCGAGUUGGUUGACCGCCAGGAGAGCUACAAUGUCAACUUCAACGACACCCGCAAACGUAUUAAGACAUCCGAUGAGACGGGUGAAGUGCGUUUACAAUUUACUCCCGAACGGGCGACAAUUAAAAUUGGCAACUUUGAGAACGUUACGGUCACCGCCACUGACAAGUACAAUAAUCGGGCCAGCUGCCACUUCCAGGUGUCCGUCCAGGCCUCACCUUGUGUCGACUGGGAGCUCCAACCGCCGGCGAAUGGUGCUAUCAAUUGCCUGCCCGGAGACCGGGGCAUUGAGUGUAUUGCCACCUGUAAGCCAGGUUUCCGCUUUACGGAUGGUGAGCCUCUGAAGACCUUCUCCUGCGAGACAUCCCGUCUGUGGCGUCCCACAUCCGUUGUGCCAGAUUGCGUGUCCGAGAAUACGGAACAGGCCGCUUACCAUGUGACUGCUACCAUAACAUAUCGUGCUAAUGGUGCUGUGGCUCAAUCCUGUCUCGGUCAAUAUCAGGAUGUGCUGUCCCAGCAUUAUUCGGGACUCAAUCAGCUGCUCUCGCAACGUUGUUCCGCUGUGAAUGUCAACAUGAAUGUGACCUUUGUGAAGUCAGUGCCAUCGCUGCUGGAGGAGAAUGUGGUCAAAAUGGACUUUAUACUCUCCGUUCUUCCGGCAGUGCGCCAGCCUCAACUGUACGAUCUCUGCGGCUCCACACUGAACCUGAUCUUUGAUCUGAGCGUGCCAUACGCCAGUGCCGUCAUUGAUUCCCUGCUAAACAUUUCCAACAUUGGCAAUCAAUGCCCACCACUCCGUGCUCUGAAGUCUCAAAUCUCACGCGGUUUCAACUGCAAUAUCGGCGAAGUACUCAACAUGGAUACCAGCGAUGUACCCCGUUGUCUGCACUGCCCCGCGGGCACCUACGUCUCUGAGGGUCAGAACAGCUGCACGAACUGCCCAAGAGGUUAUUACCAGAACCGUGAUCGCCAGGGCACCUGUCUGCGUUGUCCCGCCGGCACCUAUACCAAGGAGGAGGGAUCCAAAUCGCUGAGCGACUGUAUUCCCGUUUGCGGCUAUGGCACUUACUCCCCGACUGGUCUUGUGCCCUGCUUGGAAUGUCCUCGGAACUCGUUCAGCGCUGAGCCACCCACUGGUGGCUUCAAGGAUUGCCAAGCUUGCCCAGCCCAAACCUUUACAUAUCAACCGUCUGCUUCCAAUAAGGCACUCUGCCGUGCCAAGUGUGCGCCUGGAACCUACUCCGCAACUGGUCUAGCUCCCUGCUCGGCCUGCCCCAUGCACCAUUAUCAAAGCGCUGCCGGCGCACAAAACUGCAAUGAAUGUCCCAGCAAUAUGAGAACGGACAAUACCGGUGCCAAGGGCCGGGAACAGUGCAAGCCUGUUGUCUGCGGCGAGGGUGCCUGUCAGCAUGGUGGACUCUGUGUGCCGAUGGGUCAUGAUGUGCAGUGCUUCUGUCCAGCUGGAUUCUCGGGACGUCGUUGCGAGCAGGAUAUCGAUGAGUGUGCCUCGCAACCUUGCUACAAUGGAGGACAGUGCAAGGAUCUGCCUCAAGGCUAUCGCUGCGAGUGUCCCACCGGAUACACGGGCAUCAAUUGCCAGGAGGAGGCCAGUGAUUGCGGUAACGAUACCUGUCCUGCCCGUGCCAUGUGCAAGAACGAGCCAGGCUAUAAGAACGUGACCUGCCUGUGCCGCAGUGGCUACACUGGAGAUCAGUGCGAUGUGACCAUAGAUCCCUGCACGGCCAAUGGCAAUCCCUGUACCAAUGGCGCCAGCUGUCUGGCUCUUCAACAGGGUCGCUACAAGUGCGAGUGUUUGCCAGGCUGGGAGGGACUUCACUGCGAGCAGAAUAUCAAUGACUGCGAGGAGAAUCCAUGUCUGCUUGGCGCUGCCUGUACGGAUCUGGUCAACGACUUCCAGUGCGCCUGUCCACCUGGCUUCACCGGCAAGCGUUGCGAGCAAAAGAUCGAUCUCUGCCUUUCCGAACCAUGCAAGCAUGGCGCCUGCGUGGAUCGACUCUUUGAUCACGAGUGCGUCUGCCAUCCCGGCUGGACAGGAUCUGCCUGUGAUGUCAACAUCGAUGACUGCGAGAAUCAACCUUGCUCCAAUGAUGGUGUCUGCGUGGACCUCGUCGAUGGCUAUAGCUGCAAUUGUGAGCCUGGUUACACGGGCAAGAACUGCCAGCACACCAUUGAUGACUGCGCGUCGAAUCCAUGCCAGCAUGGCGCCACCUGUGUGGAUCAACUGGAUGGUUUCACCUGCAAAUGCCGUCCCGGCUUUGUGGGUCUCAGCUGCGAGGCGGAAAUCGAUGAGUGCUUGAGUGAUCCUUGCCAUCCCGUUGGCACCGAGCGCUGCCUGGAUCUGGACAACAAAUUCGAGUGCGUCUGCCGCGAUGGCUUCAAGGGUGCGCUCUGCGAGACGGACAUCGAUGACUGCGAGGCUCAACCCUGCCUGAACAAUGGCCUCUGCCGGGAUCGUGUGGGAGGCUUCGAGUGUGGCUGUGAACCAGGCUGGAGUGGCAUGAGAUGCGAGCAGCAGGUGACCACCUGCAACGCUCAAGCGCCGUGCCAGAACGAUGCAAGGUGCAUUGAUCUGUUCCAGGACUACUUCUGCGUAUGCCCUAGUGGCACCGAUGGCAAGAACUGUGAGACUGCUCCCGAACGCUGCAUUGGAAAUCCCUGCAUGCAUGGCGGCAAGUGCCAGGACUUUGGCUCUGGCCUCAACUGCAGUUGUCCAGCGGAUUACUCCGGCAUUGGUUGCCAGUACGAGUACGAUGCCUGUGAGGAGCAUGUCUGCCAGAAUGGUGCCAUCUGUGUGGACAAUGGUGCCGGCUACAGCUGCCAGUGUCCAGCUGGUUUCACGGGCAAGAACUGUGAACAGGACAUUGCCGACUGCAAAGACAACUCUUGCCCACCGGGUGCCAGCUGCGUGGAUCUAACCAAUGGCUUCUACUGCCAGUGUCCGUUCAAUAUGACCGGCGAUGACUGUCGCAAGGCCAUUCAAGUGGACUACGAUCUGUACUUCAGUGAUCCAACUCGUUCGACCGCAGCUCAGGUGGUGCCCUUCCCUACUGGAGAGGCCAACAGCCUGACCGUUGCCAUGUGGGUUCAGUUUGCCCAAAAGGACGACACUGGUAUCUUCUUUACACUGUACGGCGUGGAAUCCGCCCGAAUGACUCAACGUCGUCGUCUCCUGCUCCAGGCCCAUUCCAGCGGUGUUCAGGUGUCCCUGUUCGAGGACGUGCCCGAUGUAUUCCUCAGUUUCGGGGAAUACACUUCCGUCAACGAUGGACAAUGGCAUCAUGUGGCUGUUGUCUGGGACGGUAUCUCAGGUCAGCUGCAGUUGAUCACAGAGGGAUUGAUUGCCAGCAAAUUGGAAUAUGGCGCUGGUGGAGCGCUACCCGCUUAUCUGUGGUCCGUGCUUGGUCGCCCUCAACCGGAUGGAGUGAAGCAUGAGCUGGCUUACACAGAUUCCGGCUUCCAGGGCACCAUUACCAAGACUCAGGUCUGGGCACGAGCUCUAGACAUCACCUCCGAGAUACAGAAGCAGGUGCGGGAUUGUCGCUCCGAGCCGGUUCUUUACCCAGGCCUGAUCCUUAACUGGGCAGGUUAUGAAAUGACCUCAGGCGGAGUGGAACGGAAUGUGCCAUCGCUGUGUGGACAACGCAAGUGCCAAGUGGGCUACACUGGCGCCAACUGCCAGCAGCUGGUGGUGGACAAGGAGCCACCAGUGGUGGAGCAUUGCCCCGGCGACUUGUGGGUCAUUGCCAAGAACGGAUCCGCUGUGGUUACCUGGGAUGAACCACACUUUAGUGAUAACAUUGGUGUUACCAAGAUCUAUGAACGCAACGGACAUCGCUCCGGCACCACGCUCCUCUGGGGCACUUAUGACAUCACCUACAUUGCAUCUGAUGCCGCCGGAAAUACAGCUUCCUGUAGCUUUAAGGUUUCACUCUUAACUGAAUUCUGUCCACCUUUGGCUGAUCCCGUGGGUGGCUCCCAGGUCUGCAAGGAUUGGGGUGCAGGUGGUCAGUUUAAGGUCUGUGAGAUUGCUUGCAAUACGGGUCUACGCUUCUCCGAACAGGUGCCUGAGUUCUACACUUGCGGUGCCGAGGGCUUCUGGCGUCCCACACGUGAACCAUCAAUGCCCCUGGUCUAUCCAUCCUGCUCACCCGCCAAGCCUGCCCAACGUGUCUUCCGCAUCAAAAUGCUCUUCCCCUCGGACGUGCUCUGCAAUAAGGCCGGACAGGCUGUGUUGCGCCAGAAGGUCACCAACUCUGUGAAUGCUCUGAACAGAGACUGGAACUUCUGCUCCUAUGCCAUUGAAGGCACAAGGGAAUGCAAGGACAUUCAGAUUGAUGUCAAGUGUGAUCAUUAUCGUGCCGCCCAGAAUAAUCGUGUGCGUCGUCAGUCCAAGGAUGGCGGCGUCUAUGUCAUGGAAGCUGAAUUACCAGUGGUCAACGAGGAUGACGAGCUGGCUUUGACGGGUCGCCAGGGACGCCAACAAACUGGCGGUGAUACAUACACGCUGGAAAUAGCCUUCCCGGCUGUUAAUGAUCCUGUGACGCACACGUCCACGGGUGAUCGCUCCAGUGUGAAGCAGUUGCUGGAGAAAUUGAUUCUAGAGGACGAUCAGUUUGCCGUGCAGGAAAUUCUUCCCAACACUGUGCCGGAUCCGGCCUCAUUGGAGCUGGGCUCUGAGUAUGCCUGUCCCGCCGGCCAGGUGGUCAUGAUACCCGACUGUGUGCCCUGUUCCAUUGGCACCUUCUACGACAGCGCUAACAAGACGUGCGUGGCCUGCGCCCGUGGCAGCUACCAGUCCGAAGCCGGUCAGCAGCAGUGCAGCAAGUGUCCGACAAUAGCUGGACGUCCUGGUGUUACAGCUGGACCUGGUGCUCGCUCCGCCGCCGACUGCAAGGAACGCUGCCCGGCUGGCAAGUACUUUGAUGCAGAGACGGGUCUUUGCCGCUCCUGCGGACAUGGUUUCUAUCAGCCCAAUGAAGGGGCCUUCAGCUGUGAAUUGUGCGGUCUUGGACAGACCACACGCUCCACGGAGGCGACCUCACGCAAGGAGUGUCGCGAUGAAUGCAGCUCUGGCCAACAAUUGGGAGCCGAUGGACGCUGUGAGCCCUGUCCACGUGGCACUUACCGUCUGCAGGGCGUCCAGCCUUCAUGUGCAGGCUGUCCAUUGGGUCGUACAACGCCCAAGGUGGGCGCCAGCUCUGUGGAGGAGUGCACACUGCCAGUGUGCUCACCUGGCACCUAUCUCAAUGCCACACUCAACAUGUGCAUUGAAUGCCGCAAGGGCUUUUAUCAAUCCGAGUCACAGCAAACGGUCUGCAUUCAGUGUCCACCCAAUCACAGCACCAAGAUCACAGGCGCCACUUCCAAAAGCGAGUGUACUAAUCCAUGCGAACACAUUGCCGACAAUAAACCCCAUUGUCAUGUCAAUGCCUAUUGUAUUAUGGUUGCAGAGACAUCGGACUUUAAGUGCGAGUGUAAGCCUGGUUUCAAUGGUACUGGCUUUGCUUGCACGGAUGUCUGCGAAGGUCAUUGCGAGAACUCUGGCACCUGUGUCAAGGAUCUCAAGGGUACACCAUCCUGCCGCUGCGUGGGCUCAUUCACCGGACCCCAUUGUGCCGAACGUUCCGAGUUUGCGUAUAUUGCUGGCGGCAUUGCCGGUGCCGUCAUUUUCAUCAUAAUCAUUGUCCUGCUCAUCUGGAUGAUCUGUGUACGCUCCACGAAGCGUCGGGAUCCAAAGAAGAUGCUGACACCAGCCAUCGAUCAGACGGGAUCACAGGUGAACUUCUACUAUGGUGCACACACACCCUACGCGGAGUCCAUUGCCCCCUCACACCACAGCACCUAUGCCCAUUACUACGAUGACGAGGAGGACGGCUGGGAGAUGCCCAACUUUUAUAACGAAACCUACAUGAAAGACGGUCUGCAUGGUGGCAAAAUGAGCACAUUGGCCCGGUCCAAUGCGUCUCUCUAUGGAACUAAAGAAGACUUAUACGAUCGACUGAAACGUCACGCUUACACGGGCAAGAAAGAAAAGAGUGACAGUGAUAGCGAAGUGCAGUAAACCAUCAACGAAAAAAAAA